UGGACUCAGACUGUACAGUUGCAACGGCCUAUGUUCUUCGAGGCUAAUAUGGUUCCAAGAACUAGCGACUUUUGCUCUCUUUAUGCACAAUGGGCGACACCUGUUCAGCCGCUACCUUAUUUGGGCCAAUGCAGACCCGUUAUAGGCUUGGCGUGGUAUUAUGCGCCAAAAGAAGUUGGAUAUCACCACUUCUUAGCAGCGACGUCCAGCAUGGUAAGUCAACCGUCAUAUUUCGCCGAAUCGGUCACAAGUGGAGCGUACCCACACUUCCAGGCCCUGGCGCUGUGUGGAAUUACGAUGACAAUCGGAAACUGUCAAGUUGGGCGAUGUGGACUAUUCUCCAUUUCAAAUCUAAAGACGUGACCAGGUCGUGGUGGGACAUUGACAUCAUUCACCGACUAUUAACCUUUCUCAGAAAUCGACCGAAAGAACCAGGCGACUCUAUCCAAGCGCAACUAACGGUAGGCAAAGUGUCUGUUGUCGCACGAAGCGGGUACAACAAGCAAGCUGACCCUGUACUCUGUAUGUACAUUGGGAACAGCAUUCCGGAAUGGGUGCAUAGGUAUUGCGAUGGCCUCGAGACACAGGCUGUGCAUCAUUAAUUUUCAAUGUCUUCUUUCUUUAGUGAGCGUUAUCCUUUGUUAAGCACGGUUUUCGAAAAGCUUCGGGAGGGACUUCUCUACUGUGGAUGUUGCUACUAACUGAUGCGCGUGCGAUGCUUUAUGCAAUCCUAUCUCGCGACGUAAC